AUUAUUAUAGGUACUCUUUGGUCUAUCCAUCGCAAUUCGCAAUUUAAUUUUUAACCGGCAUUUUACUUUCCACUGCAUCUUGCGCCAAUUCUGCAAUAAAAUCGUGAAGAAUUCACUGAAAUGGAAUCGAACGGCGACAUAAGUCUUGAAGAUGCCGAAAUGAACGAACAUGAGGGUGAAAAAGUUGUUACUAUGAUCGAUGUUUUGCAAGAACAAGCGGAAUUCGAAGAAGAUGCCAAUGCCGUUCUCGGAGCAUCGGAUGACAAAGAAUGUACUUAUAAUAAGGGAUACAUCAAACGACAAGCUGUAUAUGCAUGUAUGACAUGUUGCGCAGAAGCUAAAAAUGAUCCUUCAAAAAGAGCUGGUGUAUGUCUAGCUUGCUGUUUGACUUGCCAUGAAAAUCAUGAACUUGUUGAGCUCUAUACUAAACGCAACUUCCGUUGUGAUUGUGGAAAUCAAAAAUUUUACUCUUAUCCAUGUCAGCUUACACCAAACAAAAAAGAUCUUAAUGAAGAGAAUAAUUAUAAUCAAAACUUUUCGGGAGUUUAUUGUGUCUGUCACAGGCCAUACCCAGAUCCUGAAUCUUCUAUUGAUGAUGAGAUGAUUCAAUGUAUUGUGUGUGAGGAUUGGUUGCAUGUCUCCCAUCUUGAAGCGACAGUUCCGGGUAAUGAUAUUUAUUCUGAAAUGAUCUGUAAAAGAUGCAUGGAGAAAAAUAGCUUUUUACAUGAUUAUUCUGAUUUAGCUGUUAAUAAUGAGACAGAUUUUGUAGAUGUUGUAAAUAAAAGUGAUUUGAUAUCUAGUGUAUGUAAUGAAGAAAGUAAUAAUAUUCCUAAAGAAAAUUCAACAAUGAUUGGUGAAGAUAUUGCUCUAAACAAUAGCAAACUUAACACGGAUAGUGAAGCUGAAACUGAAGAACAUAAGAAUGAUACAACUGAUUUACAAAAUAUUUACCAUGAAUGUGAAGAGUUACCCCAUCAAACAAACAAUAUUAUAUGUGAAUCACAGAAAGCAGAUCAAAUGGAAGAUGAACCUGAUAAAGAUUUGAAUAAUGAUAACAUGAGUAAGGUAACAGAUAAAACUUUGCUUGAAACACAUAAUACAGAUAAAAUUGAAAAAGAAUCAGAUAAAGAUUUGCCUGGCAUACAGAAAACAUGUAGAGUAGAUGGAAUAGACCAAAUAAUGGAAACAGAUAAAGUUUUGCCCAAAAAUCAAAAUACAGAUAAAAUUGAAGAAGUAACACAUAAAGUUGUGCCCGAAAAUCAAAAUACAGAUAAAAUAGAUCUGAAUAAAGAUGGAAUUGACCAAAUUACACGUGAAACACAGAAUACAGAUAAAAUACAGGAAGAAAAUGAUAAAGUUUUGCUUCAAACACAUUGUGCAGAUAAAAUUGAUGAAGAAAAAAGUAAGGAACCUGUUGGAGAAGACAAAAUUCAUAAUGAACUUAAUAAAACUAUUCCUGAAAUAAAAGGUGAAGAUAAAUUACAAGAUGAUAAUAAAAUGUCACUAGAAUUACAAGUUGAUGUUAAUAUAAACAAAGAUGUCAAUAAUGCUAUCAAUGAUACUAAUUCCAUUAAUGAAUCAAUGAAUAAUACAAAGGAUGAGAAUAUUAGCACACUUACUACCAAUAAUAUUAGUUCUGAAUUAGAAGAUCCCUCUUUAAAGAUAAUUGAUGAUAAAGAUGUGAAUGAUCCUCAUCCACUAGAUAUUCAGAAAGAAUUAUUAACAGAAGAAACCCCAAAUAAAGAAGAAGUUCAAUGUAGUAAACUUGAAAACAAUACCAUUGUAAUGGAUUCAAAAAGUGAACAGUGUGAAAAACAACCUAUGAGUAUUGAAGAAAUAGAAAAAAUGGAAGAAGAUAAUCUUUUAAAAGACCCAGAAGACCAUGAUAUGACCAUGGAUAUAGGGAGUAAAAAAAAUGAAAAUAGUGGAGAAAUUCAAGCCAAUAAUAUACCCAAUAUGUUAAGCACAAAGUCUAGUGAUGAAGCACCUGAAAAAAGUGAAGGUACUCCUAAUAAUAUUGAAGUGAAUGAGAAAGAAUUAGAAGAGACACCUCAAAAUAUAGACAAUAAGACUGUUAUAGAAGAUAAAAGUGGUAUUAUGGAUGGAUGUAGUCUAGUAAAUCCUACAGAUAGCUCUAAAAUAGAUGAUGUAAGUGAAACAAACCAAAAGAAUGAUUCCAAACGUAAGAUUGAGGACUCUGAAGACGGUCUCACAAUUAAGAAGUCAAAGCUAAACUGUGUUAGACCAAAUGGUGUUAAAAUGAAGUACAAAGGUGCCACAUUUUGGCCCUCAAAUUUUAGACAAAAACUUUGUACUUGUAGUGAAUGCAUUUCAAUGUACAAAGAUCUAUCAGUAUUAUUUUUAAUAGACCUUGAAGAUACAGUUACAGCUUAUGAGAAUCUUGGUAAAGAAAAAUCUAAUGGAAGACCAUCAACUCAGUAUGAGAAAGGAUUAGAAGCUUUGUCUUCAUUAGAUAGAGUGCAACAAAUAAAUGCAUUGACAGAAUAUAAUAAAAUGAGGGAUAAAUUACUAAACUUCUUAAAAAGUUUCAAAGAAAGAAAAGAAGUUGUUAAAGAAGAGGAUAUCAAAGCAUUUUUUGCUGGAAUGAAACCAAAACGUGAACCUGAUGGUGUCUAUUUCUGCAGAUAAUUUUUUAGUGGUUUUAAACUCAAUGGAAUUCUAAUUUAAUUGUAAUUUUUAAUACUUAUUUUAUUUGUAACACAUACUCAAUUUUUAAUACAUAAUCUUAAUUUAA